GAGCAGAAUAGUGUAUCUUUUUCUUUUUACAUUUCUCCUUAAUUUUUAUUUUCCAACAGUCUAAUAAUGAAAUUGAAGAGUAUAGUCUCGGUACUGCUAAGCCUAAUUGUUCAUAACACCUUAGCAGAAGUUAACAGAGAUUUUGAGCGACGGCAUAUGCACGAGGCUCACCAAAUAGAAAUAAAUGACGAAGUCGCAUUUUUCAAAAUACACGAUCUAAAUAAAGAUGGAUUUUGGGAUGAGAAUGAGUUACGCUCUAUGUACGGAUUAGAGCGUGAUAUUGAUCCAAACGCACAACAUGUCCAAAUGAUUAUCGAGAAGGUGUACGAAAAAAUGGACCUGAACCGUGAUAGGUUCAUCUCUCAAGAUGAGUACAUUUUAGCCACUCUUCCUGACUUUAAUGGAAAUGCUAAAAAGAAAGAAGAUAUCGCCACUUCAGCAACAGAGACUACUGUGCAAAAAAAGAGAAACAUUGCCAACAACGAAAGUAAAAAUAAGCAAAAACGAGGCAAUAGCAACGACAAAUCAAAGAAAAAGGCUGAGGGAGUAAUUCCUGACAAAUUCAAGGCUUAGAACGUUUGUUAAUUUAUUUCAUCCGUCGUGCUCCGAUUAAACUCAAG